AUGGUUUCGUCCACUUUUCUUGCCGGCGCGUUGGCGAUUUUCGCCAUCAGCGGCGUUAAUGCUGGGCCAUGCCGUCCCUCAUCUGUCUCGACCACCGAGACACUGACCGCGAUUGAGUCUACAGCCACCGAGAGCUCUCUGGCAACCAGCGAAGAGACCACGCUUACACUGUCCACCACCGCUGAGCUUUCUGUCACUACAACUCAAACCACAGCUAUUUCUGAUGUUGUCUCGUCGUCUGAGACUUUGGUCGAUGCCACUACGACUACCCAAGCAACAGCCUUGGAGACUACAACCGCCACAGGGCUAGCCGUCACCACAACUGAAGCGACCACUGUUUCGGAGGAUAUCUCAUCCUCUGUGACUUUGAGCGAUGAUACCACGACCUUACUUAUGAUCACCACGACUACACAAGCUUUCGUAGACACUGCAACAACAGCCGCAGCGACUACAACCACCACUGCAGCUGCUGAACAGGGCGAGUGCACCCUAAACUCCGAAUGCGAGGCACUCAACGGCGGAGCCAACCCCAUCUGCGAUGCCGGCACUUGCGUUCCCGACGACAGUCAAGGCGACCCAUGCUCCGAUGAGAGCGACUUUACUACCCCCGGCCAAAGCUGCUCGGCCGAAGAAUCUUGCUCUGACGCAAACGAAUGCCUUUUGUCUACCAAUCGUAUUUGUACUCUAGGACUCUGCGAGUGUCCCGAGCCGACACGUCAAUGCACUCCACGAUCGGAUCUGCAACUCUGUCAGUCAACAGGGGAGUGUUCAGCUGGCGCUACUUGCCAGCAGGGUAUCUGUGUCGAUCAGGUUGCAUGCACUGGUGAAUCAAGUUGUCUGGCUAAUCUAGAUCUGUGCGUUCUUCCUGGCGCUUGUGUCUGCCGGAAUGGUGUAUGUGCCCUCGGUGGUUAA